CUACAAUUUAAACAUAUCGUUUCUCCCGUACUCCAAGCUCCUGUCACACCGCUUAUAUAAAGGCUGAUCCUAUUUACUUUAGGUUCGUAAACGCACUAUACGGGAACAAUUAGUUGGUGACUACAGGUAAAACACAGUAGGAAGUAAGGAAGCAUCCUACGUACACCAACCGUAUCCCACCGUCAUGGAGUCGGAUAAAUACAGUUUCCAGACUGGCGUGAAAAACACAUUUACGACCGUAGAUUAUGUUCUUUUUGGAUUUAUCCUGAGCGUAUCUGCAUCCAUAGGUCUUUUUUAUGCCAUCAAAGAUCGUAACCGCCAGAACACACGGGAAUUCCUGAUGGCGGGUGGAGAUAUGAACCCUUUACCAGUAUCACUGUCGCUUCUGGCCAGUUUUAUGUCCGCCAUUACUCUUCUGGGUGUUCCGGCCGAAAUGUACAAUUACACCACAAUGUAUUGGUGGAUUGGACUCGGGUACCUGUUCGUAGCUUUUGGAGCCGCUCAUGUUUUCAUUCCCAUCUUUUACAGACUUCGAGUUACAAGCGCCUAUGAGUAUCUGGAAUUCCGAUUCAGCAAGGGAGUGAGGACGGCGGGAUCCCUAACAUUCUCGGUACAGAUGCUGCUGUAUAUGGCCCUUGUGUUAUACGCCCCCUCACUAGCACUCAAUGCAGUUACAGGGUUCACGUUAUGGGGAUCUGUGAUAGCUGUAGGCGCUGUCUGUACACUUUACACCUGUCUGGGUGGUAUGAAGGCGGUCCUGUGGACGGACACUUUCCAAGUAAUCAUGAUGUUUGCUGGACUCAUUGCAAUUCUAAUCAAGGGCAGCAUAGAAAGUGGAGGCGUGGGGUUGGCAUGGCAACGGGCAGCGGAUAGUGGCCGAGUGGUGUUUGAUGACUUCGAUCCCAACCCGGCAAAACGCCACAGUGUAUGGUCUCUCGUGAUUGGUGGAACAUUCACGUGGGUAGCCAUAUAUGGUGUUAACCAGGCUAUGGUACAACGCUGCUGCACUUGUUCAUCACUUAAGAAAGCUCAGCUGGCUAUAUGGGUGAACUUUCCGGGUUUGUGUCUUAUUCUGUACCUUUGCUGCCUGAUUGGAAUGGUGAUGUACGGGUUUUAUAGCCGCUGUGACCCCUUCAAAUUUGGCCUCGUGCAGUCAUCAGACCAGUUACUUCCCUUGUUUGUGAUGGACGUACUUGGUACUGCACAAGGAUUCCCGGGAUUGUUUGUCGCCAGUCUCUUCAGUGGUGCUCUUAGUACAAUAUCUUCAGGACUGAACUCCCUAUCUGCAGUUGUACUACAGGAUAUUAUUAAAUCCUACUUUUUACCGAACCUUUCCGAACAGCGUGCGACACUUGUGUCUAAGAUCCUAGCCCUAGUAUUUGGUGUGAUCUGUCUCGGACUGACUUAUGUGGCAUCCUUGCUGGGAGGUGUAUUACAGGUAUUUAUAUUCAAAGUCUCAUAAUACCGUUUUGUUUGUCACUGUCUUAUAUGGAUCCAUCUAUAUUUCAACGAGCCAAAUACUGACCCUAAGGAACUGCCUUUUGUGGUGAUCAGUUAGGCUAUCAAUCUAUCGCAUCCUCACAAGUUGUUAUCAACGCUGCUCGUGUUA